AUGAACUACUGUAAGGGAAGGAGUGUCCUGCAUAUCAGGCUGUGCGGUGCUGUGCUGUGCUGUGCUUUUGUCCCUACAGACCAGGGAGCUGUUUGUGGUGACCUGUGGGACUCCUUCACAGCUGGCUAGUUAAUUAUCAGUUUUUGUUCCUAAACAAGGAUCCUCUUCACCAUGACUUACGAAAACAAAAUCCUGAAAAGCCAGUAUCAGGUACUGUUGCCCAUUGGCCAGGGUGCCUUUGGCUGUGUGAGGCUGGGCUACCAUAGGCUUACGGGUACCCUGGUGGCCAUAAAGACUGUGGAGAACAACAAGAAAAACCUGCGGUGGAUCUUCACUGAGAAGGCGAUACUGGAGAAGCUAGAACAUCCAUACAUCAUUCGCCUGUACCAGGUCAUCAUUUCUGAAAGGGAAGUCCACUAUGUGACUGAGUUUGCUCCAGGAGGAAACUUAUUCCGGAUAGUGAAAGACAAUGGCAGAAUGCAGGAGGGGGAGGCUAAGAAAGUACUCGGGCAGAUACUGGCAGCCAUCAAAUACUGUCACAACUUAGAUGUUGUGCAUCGUGACUUAAAGCCCCAAAACAUCCUUCUCGACGGGGAGGGCAAUGUAAAAGUGAUUGAUUUUGGCCUUGUGGCACAAACUCGAUCUGGCACUAAAUUGACAAGAUGUUGUGGGACCAAGGCCUUUAAUGCUCCUGAGUUGGUGCAGAGACAGCCCUAUGAUGGGAAGAAGGCAGAUAUAUGGAGUCUUGGUGUGCUCCUUUAUUAUAUAACCAGUGAUUACCUUCCCUUCAAAGAACAAACCAUAAAAGAGACAGAGGCAAAGAUCAUCACAGGUAUAUAUCAUGUUCCUGACCAUUUUUCCUCACCACUUGAAAACCUCAUUUUCCAAAUACUGAACGUUAUGCCAGAGAGGAAGCCGUCCAUUGAAGAUCUUGAGAAACAUGCAUGGGUUAAAAAAUGUGAAAUAAAGGUGCCCAGUGAGACCUACCCAGAUCUCAAAAUCGUGGACAUGCUCUGUGACUUUGGGUCACACCAGACCCACAAUUCCAUCAUCUCUAAGGGAAAAAAACCCAAGCUGAAGAGGCAGCUAGAGCUGAGGCCCUUGGAGGCCUAG